AUGCCGCGUACAAACUCGUAGAGCUCCUGCUGGAACACGGGAUGGACCCAGACGCGACGGACGCGGAGUUCUUCACGCUCCUGUACUACUCCACGCUCGGACUCGACGACUACUUCCCAUUGGUCAGGCUCCUGCUGAACUACGGCGCCGACCCGCUCAUCAACACCUCGCUGAGAGCAACGAAGUACGAGUGGAUCGUGGUGGCCUUGCUGGACUGCACGUCAGACCAGGUGACAGACAAUGCAGACAUGAGGGACUUCGGUCCAGCAAGGAGGAUGCUGCAGCUGCUCAUCGAUGGUGUGGACCGCUUCAGGUGGAGUGAGGAGAUGGAGAAGAAGCUGGAGGGAAUGAAGGAGGAGUUCUUCAGCGAGAACUCAGAGGAGGAUGGAGAGAUGACCGAGAGCAAGGAUGCCCUGGUGAAGCUCUGCGAUUGGCUGAGGUCGGUCGGGCAGAACCCGCGGGAGCUGAAGCAUCUUGCGAGAUGCCAGGUGAGGAAGUCCUUGGGAAGGAAGGGCAUCUUCAAGGGCGUACGGGGCCUUAACCUACAGGAAGACAUCAGCAGUUACUUACUGAUCAAGUCUUGAGCUUAAAUCUUCUGAGAAGAUGUGUAUUUUAAAUGCUGGGAAAGUGUUAUGGUCCAAGACAUUCCACACCACUACUGGGUGAUUAUAACCUGUAUAUGUGGCAGAUUUUAAAUGCUGGGAAAGUGUUAUGGUCCAAGGUAGAGUUUUCAUACCACUAUUAGGGUAUAUAGGGUACAAUAUAACCUGUACAUGUGGUAGAAAUGAGGAAAAGAUGUUGAAAAUUGAGCUCAGGCUUCUGAAGAUGUUUAUUUUAAAUGCUGGGAAAGUGUUAUGGUCCAAAUGUUUUCACAGUACCAUAGGUGAAUAUAACCUAUAUACUAUUAGGUGGUAGAAAUGAGGUAAAGAUGUUUAUUUUCCAAGCUGGGAAUGUAUUGAGGGCCAAGAGUUUCCAGGUUUGAUGCCACAUCAGUGUGACUGUAACAUGUAUAUUUGGUAGACAUGAGGAAAAGAUGUUCAGAAUUUGGCACAAAGUUCUUCAAUCAAAUGUUUAUUUUCCAAGCUGGGAAUGUUUUCUGGUCCAAGAAUUUUUACCACAGUUGCUACAGGAUACAACCUGAGUGUAUAAGAUGUAUAGCCAAUCCUGGAAGAGUUAGAAUCCAUGCCAAGAAUAUGCUAUGUCAUUAACCAAAAACCUUCUCACAGCAAAUAACUAACAGUUAAUAAACUGCUACUACCUACAAGGGUUAACAGGGAAUACUGGGUACUUUGUUAUAUCACAACACUUCACCAAAUAACAGCACAUAACCAAGAGACAUAGUUUAAACAGGUACAUGUUGCCUUUGUAUGUUUAACCAUUACGAAUUUGUUUAUCAGAAAACCAAAGAUAAAGGCAUGUAGUAAUUACACGCAGGGUUUUCCCUAUAAGAACUUGUCAUUCCAGAGUCUUAUUUCUAUUGAUGUCAAGAUUUAGGGCCUUUCUAUCAUGUUGGGUCUCAAAUGUGAAAGAAAUUGAGUCAGGUCCAACCAUGCUAGGAGGGGAUCAAAUGCUUGCUAUGAGUACGAGGACAAAAAUAAUAAGAAUAAAAAUGCUAGUCAAUUACCAUUAGCAGUGCUAACAAAUGCUACACAAAAUACUCAAAAAGGGUAAUUAAUGUUGUAAAAACAGGUAAAACUCUGAAAAUAAGCUGAAGCCUAAAUACUGUAAAUGCAUUUAAGUUCCUUGGGAUUUAAUUUCGCGGUAGCGGGAAAAGGGACUUUUCGCGUU